ACCUUGCACCGUGUCAUUUUGACAUCCAACAAUUCCAACUCUCCCAUCUCUUCCUUUUCAACAGUGCAGAAGAUUUAUUAGAGUUAAACAAUAUGGUAUCGGUAGCUGCUCUUAAGCCCAUUUUUCCCACAAAAGCGCAGAGUCAAUCAGCAUUUGCCGCUAGCUCUUCUCGCCCUGGCUUUUGUGCUCCACCAGCACAAGAUGGCUCAACAGCCAUAUCGUGGAAAAGGACUGACAUAAACAACAAGAAAAGGGGAUUAUCAACUGUGGUUGCUGCUGUUGGAGACGUGUCUGCAGAUGGCACCACCUACCUGAUUGCUGGUGCUGUUGCUGUUGCCCUCCUUGGAACUGCCUUCCCUAUCCUCUUUUCCCGCAAGGAUUUGUGUCCUGAAUGCGAUGGAGCGGGGUUUGUCCGGCAGGGAGGGGCGGCACUGAGGGCAAAUGCGGCACGGAAGGACCAGACACAAAUCGUGUGCGCUCGUUGCAGUGGUCUUGGCAAGCUCAACCAAAUUGACAAGUAGAUGACCACUGUACCAUAUACCCUCUCCUCUUAUUUUUCGCUCUGUAAUUCAACCACAACCUUCGCUCUUAAAAGCUAUGAGGUCCCUCCUUGGAAAUCAUGUAUUUGUCGUAAUAAACAAGGCAGAUAUUUGCAGGAUUGUAAGCAAUAUAAUGAUGAUGUAUAUCUCCCUUCCCUUAUUUAUUUCCUUCAA